CUGAGGUGGGAGGAUGUGACGACGCUGUGCCCCCGCGCAGCGGGGACUCGGGCCUUUAAAAAGCCGAGGAAACAGCCUCUGAGCAGGCGGUGGCUACACUGGAGGAGAGCACACCCAGGUCUCACGUGAAAGCAGCCAAACUGUCUGCUUCAAAGAGAAAAGGCAACAUCCUGUCACAGGCCAUGCUCUGGCAGAAACCCUCGGCACCAGAACAGGCCCCGGCUCCACCCCGGCCAUACCAGGGCGUCCGUGUGAAGGAGCCAGUGAAGGAACUGCUCCGGAGGAAACGAGGCCAUGCCAGCAGCGGGACGGCUGUCACACCUACGGCGGUGGUGCUGCCCCAUCAGCCCCUGGCUACCUACACCACAGUGGGUCCUCCCUGCCUUGACAUGGAGGUCUCCGCUUCCACAGUGACAGAGGAGGGGGCCCUGUGUGCCGGCUGGCUCUCCCAGCCGGCCCCGGCCACCCUCCAACCCCUGGCCCCGUGGACACCCUACACGGAGUACGUGUCCCACGAAGCUGUCAGCUGCCCCUACUCGGCUGACAUGUACGUGCAGCCCAUGUGCCCGAGCUACACGGUGGUGGGGCCCUCCUCCGUGCUGACCUACGCCUCCCAGCCGCUCAUCACCAAUGUCACGACCAGAGGAGCGGCCGCGCCCACCGUGGGGCCCCAGCUGGAGGGCCCGGAGCACCAGGCGCCCCUCACCUAUUUCCCAUGGCCGCAGCCCCUGUCCACACUGCCCGCCUCCACCCUGCAGUACCAGCCUCCGGCCCCAGCCCUGCCCGGGCCCCAGUUCGUCCAGCUUCCCAUCUCCAUCCCCGAGCCGGUCCUUCAGGACACGGAAGACCCCAGGAGGGCCAUCAAUUCCCUGACCAUCGACAAGCUGCUUUUGGAGGAAGAGGAUGGCGACGCCUACGCGCUCAACCACACGCUCUCGGUGGAAGGCUUUUAGGGCCUGCUCGCCCGGAGAGUCCUGCUCCCCGGGCCUGGGAUUUUACACUGAGCCUGGGAUUGAGCCUCAGAUUCACACCUGUUGGGAGUAGCUGUCUCACAACUACACUUUCCGCCCUCAACCAGAAUAAUUGGCUUUCCCUCCUCCCUCCCUCCUCCUCCCUUCUUCCCCCUUGCCUUCCUGCCUUUUCCUCCUUCUCUCCCUCUCCCCU